AGCUAAAGCGUAGAAAGAAAAAAAAAAUUAAGAACAUAGAAGUGGGAAUAGAAACUAAAAAGGAAGAAAAUAGAUAAAUAAAGUUGACCGAUAUUUUUACCUAAAAGAACCAGCCAUAGAAACACCCACCAGUAGAGAGUGAAGUGAGUGAGUCUGAAAGAAAAAGAAAAGGGUUAGUUGGUUGUUGAAGCAAAUUGAAGACCAAAAUCAUGGCUGUUUCAGUAACUCUUAUAGUAGCCAUCAUUUCUCUGCAUCUCUUUGCUUUCGUUUUCGCUAUCGGCGCCGAACGACGUCGUAGUCUGGCAAAAGUGGUUCCCGAUGAGUACGACGACCGAUCUUUCUGCGUUUACACCACCGACGCUUCCACUGUUUACGGUCUCGCCGCCUGCUCUCUCCUGCUCCUCAGUCAAGCUAUCCUUUACGCCGUUACUAGAUGUCUCUGCUGCGGUAAAGGUCUUGUCUCCGGUUGUUCCACUACUUGUGCGGUUAUCUUCUUUGUUCUCUCAUGGCUUGGUUUUUUGGGAGCCGAGGCGUGCUUGUUAGCAGGGUCUGCGCGGAAUGCAUACCACACAAAAUACCAAGGGUAUUUUACAAAGCAUGACUUGUCAUGCGCCACUCUUCGCAAGGGCGUGUUUGCUGCGGGGGCUGCCUUGACCUUGUUCUCUAUGUUGGCUUCCAUUUUGUACUAUUGGGCACACUGUAAGGCCGACACUGGCUUCUGGGAGAAGCACCAAAAUGAAGGUAUUGGAUUGGCCACACACAAUCAUGGUCAUGAAUCUGAUAAGCCCUGAAGAUUUACCACUUUUAAUGCCACGGGUUAUUAAUUUACACAAUUUUGGUGGUUUUGUUUUGUUGGAUAAGGUAUUUUGGAUGUAAAGGAAGGAACAAUGUGUUUAAAAACCCAUGUUGGUAGAAUAUAUGUUAUAUUUAUGCUGUAAUAGCAGAAUGCUUGAAACAAUAUAUAUAUAGGUAAAUAGAUGAUAAUGGUAUGGUGGAGGUUCAGUA